AUGCGGUUGCACCCGUGGUCGAUCCUCUCCGUGGUCGGUGCGAUCGCAUCGUCGAUCCCCCUCUCAACCGCUCACGAACUGCAUCUGCCCUAUCUCCCGUCACUCAGCCCGGAACAUGAUUCGGAUGCCUAUCUGUUUCUCAAAUGGACCGUGACGAAUGGGUCCCUCUAUGCCAACAACGAUCAAAUCUUCCCGCCGACAAUCUCCAUGCAACUACAUGCGCCUCAAUUUAAAGGUCAGGCAAACGCUCGUGUGGGCGAGAACGAUCUAGAACUCUCUUACUCUCUGCAUGCCCGGCCACUUUCUUCCAAAGAAGCUGGCGCGACCUCCAAGAUUGUGCGCAUGCGCGUCGAUUUAAUGGAUUUCCAGGGAGAACCCGUCACUCCCAACGCUGUCGUACUGGAUUUGCUCGCCCAUCCCGAUGGCAGUCAGCAGAUUACGCGGAUCCAAAUGGAACCCGGGAAAGGCCAUCGCGAGGGCCACGAUCGACCUUGGCACAUGAAGUUCUGGCAAACACAGAUGGCGGGGAUUAUCAACCACACCGACAAACUGAAGGAGAACAAGGAGGUCUCGUCUCCCGUUCAGCCUUCUCGCGCCACGGCCGAGCAAUCCACGCAAGCACGUCCCAGCAAUACCGCCCAGAUCGACGACAUCGAGGAAGCCACCCAGGACGGAUUCAUCUUCUCUCCCUACUGGUCCCCAUCAGUCUACUCACACCGUAGCCAUAGCCACGGCCACCCCCAUCGCCACGACCGUGACCGGACCUUUAUGCGCCUGGCGCGCCCAGUCAUUCUCCCCGCCGUCCUGGGCGCCGCCGCAGGUCUGGUAGUUUGCCUAGUGGGCUUCAUCAUCGGCUAUGCCUGCAUGUUACUCUCAGUGUGCCUGGGUCUCCACAAAAACAAGCAACAUCGACGGUCCAGCGAUAUCCACCUGGAAGAUGGGACUUGCGGGGAGAAAUCUGCCCUGAUGGUCCCUGAGAUCUACAUGACAGAUUCAGAUUCGGACGCUUACAAUUUACGGUACAAUAAUGGCAUUACGGGCGCGGCGCUUGGCUUGGAGGGUUCCGCUUAA